UGGAAACCUCCUCUCUCUCUCUGUCUCUCUCUCUCUCUCUCAUUCUCAGUUAUAAUUUUUUAUCAUUAUAACCAAUUCAAAGCUAUAAGGGAAACUGUCUUCUCUUUUUCUUUUUCUCUUUGUAUCUCAUGCGUUUCUUCAAAAGCCAACUCUUUUAGCUCUUCUUAUUCUCUCAGAAACCCCCGAGAGAGAGAGAGAGAGAGAGAAAAAAAAAAAAAUCAUAUUCAAAAUGCAAUCUGGGUUCACCGGAGGCGGUGGAGUUCCGGACUUUUAUGGUGCCGGAAGAUCCAUCGCAACCACCAUGAACAACGCCUCUCAAACUCCAUAUCACCGAUCUCAGCUCCAGGGACUCUUCCUCGACCCCACGGCUUCACAGAUCGCUAGGCAAUCACCCAACACCUUGGUCGGAAAGCGUACUCUGGCGGAGUUUCAAUCCCAUCAGCAAUACCAGCACCACCCCACCAACCAAGGUCUCGCAAACGCUAAUUUCCUCCGCUCCGUCAAACCCAGGACUUACCAGCACUCUUCUCCCAUAUCUCCUCUGUCUCUUAUAGAAUUUUCAUCUCCCGGUUCGGAAACUUCAUCGACGUCGUCGUCUUCAUCGGCUUCUUCGCAACAGCAGCAGCGGUUUGGUUUGCCUCUUCUGCACAAGCUCCGUCCUCAAUCCAUUUCUCCGGCUUUACCUGUUGGUCCCUAUGUGAACGCUGUUCAGAAUCGCGUUGUUGGUGGUGGUUUGGCUGUUGAUUCAUCGGAUAAGAAGAUGAUGGACCAUCGUUUGCAAGAGUUGGAGAAAGAGCUCCUCGAUGAUAACGAUGAAGAGGAAGGAGACGCUGUGUCCGUGAUUACUAACACUAAUAGCGAGUGGUCCGAGACGAUACAGAACCUGAUCAGCCCCAAUCAGAGUCAGAGCCAGAGCCAGAGCCAGAAACCGGUUUCGCCAUCGCCGACCUCUUCGUCUUCUUCGUCUUCGUCUGUGGCUUCUCCGGCGUCUUCCACGUGUUCCAAGCAGUCGCUCCUGGAAGCCGCAUCCGCAAUAUCCGAAGGGAAACCGGAAUCUGCGGCUGAGAUCCUCACGCGCCUGAGCCAGGUGUCCAACCCCAACCAGAAACCCAAUUCGGAACAGAAGGUUCUGGAAUUCACGGCCUCGGCGCUGAAAUCGAGAGUCGUCCCCGGCGAGAAUCCGCCUUCGGUGGCGGAGCUUUUCAGUCAGGAACAUGCAGGUUCGACUCAGAUGUUGUAUGAGCUCUCGCCCUGCUUCAAGCUAGGUUUCAUGGCUGCCAACCUUGCAAUCCUUGAAGCGACAUUAGCAGAGCAGCAAUCAACCAGCAACAACAAGCACAACAACAACAAGCUUCAUGUAAUUGAUUUCGAAAUUGGUGAAGGCGGUCAGUACCGGAAUCUUCUCCACUUGGUCGCCCCUGUUAGGCCCAUGAUGGUGAAGAUCACCACCGUUGCGGAAAAUGGUGGGGAAGAGAGGCUGAAAUUGGUUCGGGAAACUCUGAGUCAACUGGCAGAGCGUCUCCGGGUACCGCUAAAAUUCAACGUGGUGAGUCAGAAACUCGGAGAGCUGACUCGGGAGUCGCUUGGGUGCGAGGCGGACGAAUUUCUGGUGGUGAAUUUCGCUUUCAAAUUGUACAGGAUGCCCGAUGAGAGCGUUUCGACGGAAAAUCCACGGGACGAGCUUCUGCGGCGAGUGAAGGGGUUGGGCCCGCGCGUGGUGACGCUGGUGGAGCAGGAGCUGAACACCAAUACGGCGCCUUUCAUGGCUAGAUUCAACGAGACGUGCGCGUAUUACGGGGUGCUGCUAGACUCGAUCGAGUCGACGGUUCCGAGGGACAACACUGACCGAGUCAAGGCCGAGGAGGCGGUGAGUCGGAAGCUGGGGAACUCGGUUGCGUGCGAAGGGAGGGACCGUGUUGAAAGAUGUGAAGUGUUUGGGAAGUGGCGGGCCCGGAUGGGAAUGGCUGGGUUCGCGUUGGUGCAGUCGAGUCAAAGCGUUGCUGAGUCUAUUAAAGCGCGACUCAGUACGGGUAACCGAUUCGACCCGCGAUUCACGGUUAAAGAAGAAAAUGGAGGGGUUUGCUUUGGUUGGAUGGGUCGCACUCUCACCGUCGCAUCUGCUUGGCGUUAACUUCACUCAUUUUCUUUUUUUUGUUUUAUUAUUAUUAUUUUUUACUUCUCUCUCUCUCUCUCUCUGUCUCACUUUCUCCCUAAUAUUAUUAAUUGUUAUAAAAUAUUAUUGACGAUUUCCUGAGAAAAUGGGAUGGGAAAAAGAAGAAAAGAUAGAAAAAACCCACCAAACGAAAAACAAAUAAAAUGAGUGUUUGGAUUCCCAGAGAGAAAAUUCUUGUGCAUCUCAUUUGAUUAUUAUAAUUUUUUGGGUGUGUAUGAAAGGUGGUGUUUGGUAUAUUGCUGACUUGUAUCGUGGAUUGCCCUUGCAUUACCAACCAUGGAGGGCUCCACUUCUGGAUUAUUUUUAGGCUUUUCUUUGGAUUUUAUUUUAGCCCCAAAACAAAAAAGUUUUAGUUAUAUAUUCUAUAUAAAUACGUGUGGAAUUUUGUUA